AUGUUGAUAUCGACAGGUAUUGGCCUGCUGGCAGAGAUCGCAGAAGUUUACUUUAUCAUACAUCUUGUUAUAUCAAGGUUAUUCUAUUUCGUCUGUCAAAUCUUGGCUUGGAAUUUGGUAUCCAUACAUUCUCUUAUCACCUCACUGAAAGAGCAGAGGGAAGCAGAUAUUGAUUUAAUGCUAUACGUGAUGCCUCUGCUCUUCAAUAAGCAAUUUAUAAUGGUGACUCUGUGUCUGAAAGCUCAAUCUCUAUCUACAAAAUUAGAAGAAUCAAGAAAACUAUGUAUCGACAUCGUUUCAUCAUGCCUUAAUGACUGCAAAUCCCGGGAGUAUGCUAAGCAAAUUAUAUUACUGGUCGAAGGAAGACGAAGCUUGUCCAUUUACAACAUAUUCACGUUGGGCACUCGACUGCCCUUACAUCUGCUAGCUGUUACUGCUAGUUAUACCAUUGUGCUUUUGCAGUUUGCUUUACUAUAA